AGACAACAGUGAAUGGUGAGGCCCGGCCGUCAGAUCCUGCUGCUACCUAAUGGAGUGGAGCCUUAGGGUGGCCCUGCACUACCCAACCUUGGCUAGACGCACAGCUUCCUCCCUGAACUGAAGCAAAAGAUUGCCAGGCAAGCUCUCUCCUCGGACCUCCAUAGGCAGCAAAGGAACCAGGCCCAUUCCCCGGGACCAUGGUUGGACUUCAGCCCUCCGAAGUGCCUCCCACAACGGUUGUGAAGUUCCUGGGGGCCGGCACUGCGGCCUGUUUUGCGGACCUCCUCACUUUUCCCCUGGACACCGCCAAGGUCCGUCUGCAGAUCCAAGGGGAGAACCCAGGGGCUCAGAGCGUGCAGUACCGCGGUGUGCUGGGUACCAUCCUGACUAUGGUGCGCACAGAGGGUCCCCGCAGCCCCUACAGCGGACUGGUCGCUGGCCUGCACCGCCAGAUGAGUUUUGCCUCCAUUCGAAUUGGCCUCUACGACUCUGUCAAGCAGUUCUACACCCCCAAGGGAGCGGACCACUCCAGCGUCGCCAUCAGGAUUCUGGCAGGCUGCACGACAGGAGCCAUGGCAGUGACCUGCGCCCAGCCCACGGAUGUGGUGAAGGUCCGAUUUCAAGCCAUGAUACGCCUGGGAACUGGAGGAGAGAGGAAAUACAGAGGGACUAUGGAUGCCUACAGAACCAUCGCCAGGGAGGAAGGAGUCAGGGGCCUGUGGAAAGGGACUUGGCCCAACAUCACAAGAAAUGCCAUUGUCAACUGUGCUGAGAUGGUGACCUACGACAUCAUCAAGGAGAAGUUGCUGGAGUCUCACCUGUUUACUGACAACUUCCCCUGUCACUUUGUCUCUGCCUUUGGAGCUGGCUUCUGUGCCACAGUGGUGGCCUCCCCGGUGGAUGUGGUAAAGACCCGAUACAUGAACGCUCCCCUAGGCAGGUACCGCAGCCCUCUGCACUGUAUGCUGAAGAUGGUGGCUCAGGAGGGACCCACGGCCUUCUACAAAGGAUUUGUGCCCUCCUUUCUGCGUCUGGGAGCUUGGAACGUGAUGAUGUUUGUAACAUAUGAGCAACUGAAGAGGGCCUUAAUGAAAGUCCAGGUACUGCGGGAAUCUCCGUUUUGAACAAGGCAAGCAGGCUGCCUGGAACAGAACAAAGCGUCUCUGCCCUGGGGACACAGGCCCACACGGUCCAGAACCCUGCACUGCUGCUGACACGAGAAACUGAACUAAAAGAGGAGAGUUUUAGUCCUCCGUGUUUCGUCCUAAAACACCUCUGUUUUGCACUGACCUGAUGGGAAAUAAAUUAUAUUAAUUUUUAAACCCCUUCCGGUUGGAUGCCUAACAUUUAGGCAAGAGACAACAAAGAAAACCAGAGUCAACUCCCUUGAAAUGUAGGAAUAAAGGAUGCAUAAUAAACAGGAAAGGCACAGGUUUUGAGAAGAUCAGCCCACAGUGUUGUCCUUGAAUCAAACAAAAUGGUCGGAGGAACCCUUCGGCUUCAGCACAAAGAGGUGACUACAGCCUUCUGGUCACCAGAUGACUCCGCCCCUCUGUAAUGAGUCUGCCAAGUAGACUCUAUCAAGAUUCUGGGGAAAGGAGAAAGAACACAUUGAUACUGCACAAAUGAGUGGUGCUGGGCCCACCGAGGACACUGGAGGAUGGAGCGUGAUCUGGGAUAACAGUCCUUCUCUGUCUGCCUCAUCAGGGUGUUGGGAAGAUAGAAAGCGAAGCAGACAUGGAAGCACUUCCUAACAAGGCCUGUCAUCGUCAUCAUCUACAAAUGUAAGCCUGAGGACAAUGUUUUAGGAGAGAUUCUGUCCAGAGAAGUAGUUUGAGGAAAAUGCAGUUUGUAGUGGUAAAGCCAUGCACACCUGGACUGCAUGGUAAGGACCAGGGGUGACGGAAGCCAUGGGGAUCCGGUGCCUGGUAACAUCAAAGGGCUGUGGGGGGGGGGGGCACUGCCUGUCCAUCAGUUCAAAGCAGCAGGACUCAGAAUCUUUAGGGAAUUGUUAGGACUGGUAAAAGAAUUUCCACCUUAGGGCAAGAACGAGAACAGCUGCUCUUCUGCCUUCUCUCUCGGAGGUUUUCUCAUCUCAGGGUCCUACCUGCCAGGCUCCUGACCAGCUCCACCUGCCCACACUUCCUCCUGCUCUCGCUGCCUUUGGCUGCAGAGCCUUUGCUCCUCCUGUUAAGCCUUCAGUCUUCCAUCUGCAAAAGGGAGGGCAAAGCACAGGACCAACUUCCAAGCUUAAAAAUGCACAUCUGACAACAAAAUGGCUCAGUGGGGUCCAUUCAUGGGACCCACAUGGUGGAAGGACAGAAUGGACUCUUGCAAAUUGUCCUCUGACCUCCAUUUGAGCGCCCUAUACAUGUGACUGUACAUAUGUACAAACACGAUAAAGAUGGAAACACAUGUAAAAACAUAAAAAUAAAAAGUUGUACUGGA